AUGAUGUCUAAUGAUGAACCCACUGAUCUGGAUUGGGUGCAGCUCCGAAAAGAGAUGGGAGCGCACCAGCAUGUUGAAACAACAAGUGAAAAAUUUGGAAGAAAAUUUUCUGAGAAUCCUUUCGUUCCUAUCGGAUGUUUGGCCACAGCAGGUGCUCUGUCAUAUGGACUUUGGAGCUUUAGAACAGGGCGCAAGAAGAUGUCUCAACAAAUGAUGCGGCUCAGAAUAGUUGCACAAGGAUUUACAAUCACAGCUUUAGUUGUUGGUGUUAUGAUGACAACUGGGAGAAGUCUAACAAAGUAG